UGCUGCCAUGGAGAUCUUCGAAGAAGCAAGCGUUGUUCGAUUACGUAGCCACCACGAAAAGUACUUACUUGCGGACGAGGAUGAGGAAACUGUUUCCCAAGAACGAGGUGGGACAGGGAAGAACGCGAGAUGGACGGUGGAAUUCGUGAAUUCAACCCACAUUCGUCUCAAAAGCUGUUAUGGAAAAUACUUGACGGCUUCCAACAUGCCUUUCCUAUUGGGGAUGACCGGAAAGAAGGUGUUGCAGACGUUACCCAAACGACUUGAUUCUUCCGUCGAAUGGGAACCGAUUCAAGAAGGUGCCUUGGUUCGGCUCAAGACUCGAUACGGCCUGUAUUUACGAGCCAACGGAGGGUUGCCGCCAUGGAGGAACCAUGUCACACAUGAUACUCCUUAUAGGACCUCGCAUCAAGAUUGGAUCGUAUGGCAUGUCGAUGUUUUACGUUACCGCCGAGAUGCGGAAGCCCCGACGCUUCCUCCUCCACCUCAUCAAGUGCCGGUUAACGGAAUCGAUAGAAUUGCAAGCACUGAAGAUACAAGCUUUUCACUUACCGGACCUAGAAUGACUAGACUUGAGUCGGAUGACUCGACAAUAGUAUCGCCAAAGGUGUUUGAAGGAAGGAUGAUUAAGUACGAGGUAGUCGAUGAUAAUGGCGAUGUGGAUCAAAGCAUUGGAGAGCGUAGCUUCACUUUUAAAGGGAAUAGCGUUGAGGAAUUGAAGCAAGCGUUGGAGGAAGAGGCUCCUGUGAAGGAAGAGUUUUCUCUUUGUUCUCGUAAUCCAUUGAACGGCAGUCUUUAUCCCCUUCGUUUGCAGCUUCCUCCCAAUAAUGCCGCCAUGCAUGUCGUCGUCGUUCCGCUAUCGUCUAAAGUUGCAGAUGAUCUAUGGCUUUGAUUCACAUGAAGAAACCUUCAACUUGUAAUGUGAAUUCUGCUCCAAACCUGCUA